AUUUGCUCUAUCUAGUAGUACUACUUUCUUUUCGUAUGCUCUGAAUUCCAUAACCCAUGAAUUAAUUGUCGAGUUAAAUGAACUUCUGAAACUUCCUCCAUAAUUAAUUUUUCAAAUCCAAUAUAUCUGACAACCACAUGCAUAUUCUAACACUUGUUCAGAGAUGAAAAGAGGAAUCCUUGAAGUACUUCUCGUUCAUGCUCAAGGAAUUACACGAACAAAUCUUGUUGGAACUCCAGCCUAUUAUGUGAUCACACAAUGUGGAAAUAAAGUACAUAAAAGCAAAGUCUCAUCAGGUAUAGAUGAAGCGACAAGGUGGAAUGAGAAAUUCAGGUUUGAAUUUCCAUUAUUAGAUUGGAAACACUUAACCCAUCUGAAAUUGAGAAUCAUGGAUAAGGAAUUCUUCGCAGACGGUGGAUUUGUUGGCGAAACCAUAAUUUACCUUGGAGGAAUAAUAGCUGAGGGAAUCGAUAAAGGGCAUUUGGAAGUAGAACCAGCUCCAUACAAUGUUGUGCUUGAAGAUGACUCCUACAGAGGAGAAAUCAAAAUUGGACUCAAGUUCAUCACCAAUAAAGAAGCGGAUACAGAGACAAGGGCGUGUGUUAGACCAGUGGAUGUACCUAAGAAAUCGUUCUUCAAAUCCAUUAUCAAUCUCUUUAAAUCCUCAUGGUUGAGGCUCUGUCGUGGUAGUUAGUGUUCUCAAUUUAUGUCCAAAGGACAAAUAAUCAAACCCUAAUAUUAAUAUACAACUUCUUAUUUUU